AACUAUAGAGCACACACGUAGCCCAAUAUGCGUCUUCGAAAAAAAAGAAUAAAAAGUAUGGAAGUGAAUCGUGAAAUGUACUGUGAAAAUCGAAUUGAUCGGUCAAUGAGACUGCGCGUAAAACUAAGUGAUCAAGUGAGACAAGCCGUCACGGCGGUGCCAAAAGUGAUUCGCUCGUGUCACGUGUCAUCAGUGAACAAUGACAUUCACUGUGAUAAAUUGAAGAACCUCAAACGCUGGCUGAAACACAAAAAGUCACUGUGGUGCGAACGCAAAUAUAAAUCGCUGCAAAAAAAGUUGCGAAAAUUUGACGAUUGUGAAACUGUUUCUCCAACUUUUCUUGCGUAUCUGUCAAAAGCAAACGCUCUAACGUUCUUUUUGGCACGUGCCAUAAUCGAUCGGGACUAUCAAAUGAUAGAGUAUCUCUUUCCAUUGUGCAAGAAAGUUGAACCGCUAGAUCGAGCUGGAAACACGGCAAUUCACUUGGCGUGGUAUCUUGAAAAUGACAAAGCUCUCGAUAUGUUCUUUAAUCAAAUCGCUUAUUCAAAUGAUAAAAAUACAGAGGGACUGUCGCAUCUUCAUAUAGCUUGCUUGAGCGGAAACAUGAUAGGCUUCGAUAAAUUAUUGUCGCAGCCACGAGUUGACUUGAAUGAAAGGUACAGCUACAGAUACCACAAGUAUGGUGACGCAGAUUUUCCGAGCACACCUCUGCACAUGGCCGUCGAAAGCCAAAGUUUGGGAAUCAUCAAGAAACUAGUCUCACGGGGGGCCGAUAAGACCGCUCGUGAUGAACGCGGAAGGACGCCUUUACUUAGAUUAAUGAUGAUAUCUGUCAAAGAGACGGGCCGAUUACGUUCUGUCUGUUCAAAGAUGGUACCUCAUCUCCGUGAACCUUAUCCCCGGAAAUCGAACAUCAUGCUACUGUUACAUCCAUAUUUCGGUACGAUUAUCCAAGUCCCCCAACAACCCCAACAACCCCAACAACCUGAAAUUCGGAAUUUACGGUUACCACUGCAACGUAUGAUUCCGAAUCGUUUUUUCGCAAAUAUAGGACAGGACCUUUUUAAUCGGCAUCGCAAUUAUCAUCGGCGUCGCAAUCAUCGUCGGGUACUAGAAGAAGAGUCUCAUCCUCGAAUUGAAGACAACGUCGCCAUCCGUUCGCCUUGGGAAAGCACUCAUUGCUGGGUUCGUUAUGAUUGUCGGAAAUUUCACGUGAACAAUUACCUGCAAAGUUUUCCCAACCUCGAUUUCAUUUUGCAUUGGUUAAUUCUCGCCGGUGUUUCGGAUUGCGAUAUACCGGAUUUCGAAUUAUGUUUACAAGAUGAAAUUGGCGCCGAAAUAGUUGAUAUUCUAAUCCAGAACGGAGCCCCUGUGAAUCACCUGGACCAGGACGGCAAUUCUCCGCUUCAGCUGGCUGUGUCGUACAUGAACAUCGAUGUGGUCAGAGUCCUCCUGAAAUACGGUGCUCGUGUGGACGACAUCGAAUUUGCAGGGGGCUAUUUCGACAAGUCAGACCUUCUGUUACGCUGUUACGAAGUCGUCGAUAACAUCGUACAGAUUGUAGAUGCUUUGGAGAGACAUGGAUUCGACAUGACUCCAGAGCAGAAUAUUACUAUAAUGACUUUUUUGUUAGAUACGGAUGCAUUUUUCAAGAAGUCAAACAUGCAAACUGUACUAUGCUUCGGCUCCUCUGAUCAAAUACGCAGCUAUUAUUCGUCUCAGAUUGGUAUUUCCACUCAAGUGCAACGAGAGAAAUGUAUAUUGUCCUUUUAUCAUGGUCCUCAUUAUCUCGUUCCCAAUGAAAGGGAAAUAUUGGAUGUGAUAAUCGAAACUCGAAAAUGUAGAGCUGAAAUGUCUGCAAGCGGUUUGUACUUCAAAUGGGAUGACGAAACAAUCAUGCUACAAGCUUUGAUAACGUUGCAAACACACCUCCGAGUCAGUGUGAAACAUUUUGAUGUCUGUAAUACGGAUUGGAUUUGCGAGCAAGCUGAAGCGGCUAAGGCCUACCCUGUAAAUGGUACCACGACGCUCUAUGACCUGGCCACGAUGAAUCCAACAAAGUUGUUCAAUCACAUGCCACCAAAUAAGGAUAUUCGAAAAUUUCUGGCUGAUCGUUAUCUGCGCCAAACGGCUUCAAUAAUCCUUCGACGAUUGAACGGCCAAAUGGCAAGAAUUAAAAUUAGCGAAUUUGUUCGAAAGCGAGUGAUGGAUUCAUUCGCAACAGCGGUAGUAUUCACUUUACCCCAUCUUUGCAGUGAGCAUUUAAUCAGAGUUUGCGACGUUGAAUCUUUAAUACCCCUUUAUAUAGCGUCUCUGCCACAAGAUAUUCCAUACAAAGAUUUGAAAAGAGAACGAUUAAUGCGACUCUUGACUAUUCCAGAAUAUUGAUAAAAGGACUCAACAUUUCGUGAUCAUAUAAUCUUGUUAUACGUUUCUAAAUAUUGUUCAUUUGAAUUAAUUUUUGUACAUUGUUCAUUUGAAGCGUGCAAUGUCAAAUAAAUUUAAUGGGUUAAUUAAAAACAAUGGUAGUUUUAGAGAAACGAAUAAUUAACAUUACUGUUUUCAAACGGAGCUAAGGGUGGUUAACGAGUAUAAAUCAUUUUGAAUAGUCCUUUUUUUAUAAAAACAUUAUUAAUAUUGAGCUUACAUACCACAGGACUCUUGGAUUCCAAUUAGAAACAGUAGUUGUUAAAUUUUAGUACACUUGAAUAUAGUACAAAGUAGAUCAUACAACCGAAACAUGAGCAAAAAGCAAAAAUUGUAUAUUUUAUUUAUUUUUGAGCGUGAGUGAAAAAAUAUCAUUGCUGUUCGU